AUGGCCCCCUCUCAGCUCCCCCCGGUGUUCAACCCUACCUCGCAGGACAUUGAGAUGCUCCUUGCUGCUCAGUGCCACCUUGGUUCCAAGAACCUCCAGGUGCACAUGGAGCCUUACCUCUGGAAGACCCGUCCCGAUGGUGUCAACGUUAUCAACAUCGGCAAGACCUGGGAGAAGAUCGUCCUGGCUGCCCGUAUCAUUGCCGCCAUCGACAACCCCGCCGAUGUCUGCGUUAUCUCCGCUCGUCCCUACGGCCAGCGCGCUGUCCUGAAGUUCGCCAACCACACCGGUGCCACUGCCAUUGCCGGUCGUUUCACCCCCGGUAACUUCACCAACUACAUCACCCGCUCUUUCAAGGAGCCCCGUCUCAUCAUCGUGACCGACCCCCGCACCGAUGCUCAGGCCAUCAAGGAGGCCAGCUACGUCAACAUCCCCGUCAUUGCCCUUUGCGACUCUGACUCCCCCACCGACUUCGUUGAUGUUGCCAUCCCCACCAACAACAAGGGUCGCCACGCCAUCGGUCUCGUCUGGUGGAUGCUUGCCCGUGAGGUCCUCCGCCUCCGCGGCACCCUCGCUACCCGCGAGACUGAGUGGGACGCCGUCGUCGAUCUCUACUUCUACCGCGACCCUGAGGCUGAGGAGAACAAGGAGAUCGCUGAUGAGUCCAAGGUUGCCAGUGCUGAGGAGGUUGGCGCCGGUGCCAUCGAGUCCGGCUUCGCUGGUGAGAACUGGGACGCUUCUGCCCCCGGUGCUGGUAACCCCGGCACUGCCUUCGCUGCUGCCUCCGCUGCUGUCGGUGCCACCUCUUGGGAGGCCGAUGGUGCUGACUGGGCUGCCAGCUCUGCCCCCCAGGGUGAGUGGGCCGCUGAGUCUCAGCCCGCUGCUGCCUCCGGCGAGACUAAGUGGUAA